UUAUAUUUUCAAGUAAAAAGAGAUGGUAAUAUGGGUGUUAUACGCUAAAACACUCGAGUCCGAGAAAUCAGAUUCAGCUAUGAAGGACGACUACGAGACUGAGCUAAAGAAACAAGCUGCUGCAGAUGUACUGUCUCAAUAUUCAAGGUUUGUCAUGGCGUGCAUUGGGAAUCAAGUCCGGCCUUGUGACUUAAGGAUGCACUUGAUGAAGGAAAUUUCAAGCUUGCCAACAACUUUGAAGAGGGAGUCCCGUGUGGCAUCUUCUCCUGACAUAAUGGGAGAAUCUUCGAGCUCUGGUACUUCCAAGCUUGAUAAAACUGAUAGCUUUCGAGAUGAUCUCAACUUCGCCGGGUUAAUCAUGUGCUUUCAAGAACCCACCCCUAACCUUUGAGAGAUGUAAAUUCAAGUCGCUCGAACAAUUCGCGGAGUUUCUACUAUCAUCUAUACAUCACUGCACACAAGAAAUCACUCUUAACAAAUUAAUUUCGCGAGUAUUCAGGUUCAUAGCAGAGCUCUCAAGAAAAUUGUUGAGGUUUUUGGUAGGAAUGUAGGAUCGCUAAAUGACUUGAUUAUUUUAACCUUCACAUUUCACUUGCCUCAUGUUCAUCUGAUUGGAUGUUUGGAAGACUAUUUGAAUGCUCCUGUUAUUGUAUCAUAUUUGUUGAGAUAUAAGAUGUUUUUGUUUGGACUAUUUUCAAUCC